AUGUUGGGUUUCCUAGAUGAAAUCCUGGCCGAUUUCAUGGUGGAGAUCCUUCCCAAGCUGUUCCGAUUAAUGGUGUUAAGCAUUGUCAUUCUGUCGAAGCAGUGCAAGCACAUAAGCUUGAGCUACAAAUACAGCUCCAUCAUCAACAAGAAGACCUCCAAUUUCGCCAUCUCGAAUCACCCGAAUUGGAAGGAAUGCAGCGUUUGUUUGUCGGAAUUCGAGCAGGGAGACGAGGCGAUGGAGGUCGUGGAUUGCCGCCACGUGUUCCACCAUAGCUGCCUGGAGAAGUGGCUGCGGUGGCACCGGGGCACAUGCCCCCUGUGCCGGAGCGUGGUGGUGCCGGACGUCGUUGUGAGGGAGUAUCACCGGGCACGGAUGGAUCGAGAAAGUGAUGGAAUUCAAAAGGAGUUGGCGAUUAUCUUGUUCAAUGUUUUGCAUGGUGGGAGCUGUCGCCAUGGAUUCUUCUAG